GCCCUCCCAGCAGCCUAUAAGGCACAGGGUGGGGAGCUGGGGCCCCGCCGCCUGCCGUCCUCAUGGCCCUGCUGCUCCUGGGGAUCCUGCUGCUGCUUCUGGGGCUCUGGGGGCUGCUGCGAACCUGCACCCGCACCCCCUCCCCAACCCCUCGAUGGCCCCCUGGGCCACGCCCACUCCCACUCAUUGGAAACCUGCACUUGCUGCGUAUGUCACAGCAGGACCGGUCACUGAUGGAGCUCUCCGAACGGUACGGGCCAGUGUUCACUGUCCACUUGGGGCGCCAGAAGACGGUGGUGCUGGCUGGCUACGAGGCUGUGAGGGAGGCCCUGGUGGGCACCGGGCCGCAGCUGGCUGAUCGGCCCCCCAUCGCCAUCUUCCAGCUCAUCCAGGGUGGUGGGGGCAUCUUCUUCUCAUCCGGGGCACGCUGGAGGGCCGCCCGCCAGUUCACUGUGCGCACCCUCCACAGCCUGGGUGUGGGGAGGGGGCCCGUAGCCAGCAAGGUCCUGCAGGAGCUGAGGUGCCUCAUGGGGGAGCUGGACGGCUACAGAGGCCAGCCCUUUCCCCUGGCUCUGCUGGGCUGGGCCCCCUCCAACAUCACGUUCACGCUGCUCUUUGGCCGGCGGUUUGAAUACCAGGAUCCUGUGUUCGUGUCCCUGUUGAGCCUUAUCGAUGAGGUCAUGGUCCUCCUGGGGACCCCCAGCCUGCAGCUAUUCAACAUCUACCCCUGGCUCGGGGCCCUCCUCCGGCUGCACCAGCCUGUCCUGCAGAAGAUAGAGGAGGUCCGCUCUAUCCUGAGGACCCUGCUGGAGGGGCGGCAGCCCCCCAAGCCCAGGGGAGGCCUUGUGAAGAGCUACAUGGACGCCUUGAUUCAGCAGGGCCAGGGGAAAGAGCCCCAAGGCCUGUUUGCCGAGGCCAACAUGGUGGCCUGUGCCCUGGACAUGGUCAUGGCCGGUACAGAGACCACGUCAGCCACGCUGCAGUGGGCUGCCCUCCUGAUGGGCAAGCACCCGAGUGUGCAAGGCCGGGUGCAGGCAGAGCUGGACCGUGUGCUGGGGCCCGGGCGGCUCCCCCGGCUGGAGGACCAGCGGUCCCUGCCCUAUACCAAUGCUGUGCUGCAUGAGGUCCAGCGGUUCAUCACCCUCUUGCCCCAUGUGCCGCGGUGCACGGUGGCUGACACCCAGCUGGGCAGCUACCUGCUCCCCAAGGCCGCCGCGUCUGCGUGGGGGAGAGCCUGGCCAGGUCGGAGCUGUUCCUGCUCUUUGCUGGCCUCCUCCACAGAUACCGCCUGCUGCCCCCGCCCGGCCUCAGCCCCACUGCCCUGGACACCACGCCUGCCCCGGCCUUCACCAUGCGGCCGCCAGCCCAGGCCCUCUGUGUGGUGCCCAGGUCCGGAGGCUCUUACCCAGGAGACCAGCUCUGACCCAGGUCCCAGCCUGGGGUGCUCUGUGGAGGACGGAUGCAGGACAAAUAAAGGAUGGACAGGCAGAAAGCCCCUCCUGGGCUGAUCCUCUUCUUUUGGGGGCUCGGCCCCCUUCCAGCUCCCCUUGCCCAGAGGCAUCUCUAGCCCUUCUCCUCCAGUCUUCCAGGGCAGCUGGGGCCCCCUCCCUGCCCUGAGCUCCCCGCUCUCCGCCCUCUGCCCCCAGACCCCUUGGGCAUCAGCAUUGCCUCUAUCUGCACCCAGGCCCCCACCCGUACUUCAGGGUGCCCUCACAACCCAGGGGUGAAGCACCCCCUCUCGACACACCAAUGCAUGCCUCCUUGGGUUCCCUGUGUCCUCCUCUCCCCACGCCCCCUCCAUGCUGCCCCCGUCCAGUUC